AUGCCCGCACAAGAAGUUCAAAUCAGUAUUGCCGAAGUCAUCGAGGUCCGUGGUUAUGGUCUCAAUGCUCCAGAAUUAUUAUCAGUGGCUGUGUCAGCGUCGGAUAGGCUGCCACCAUGCCCGAAGGGAAACGUUUUCGACACUGAAAAUGUUUUUCUAAGCAGUAAAGGACAAAUUGAGAUCAAAACAGUUCCAACUUCUCGAGUCGAUCGAUCAUUUGUUCCACCAGAAUGGGCGAAAGGAGAAGAAGAUCCUCAGGCAGCGGCUGUUUAUUGCUUAGGAGCUGUUCUAAGGGCUGCUGGAGCCGAAGAAGCUGCCGAUGUGGAUCUCUUCUCACUUGUCAAUAUUCUAACUGUGGCGAUGACUGGAACACGACCAACUGCACACAGAAUGGGUCAGAUGGCUAGGAAUCAGCUACGUGGUAGAGAUCCAGCAUCAAUGCUAAUGUGUAUUUAUGAAGAGUUGAUGGGAGAUGAGGAAACGAAUCAGAUUGAUGUUGGAGACCUCGAUGACUUGGAUGAUGAUUUCCUUUCUACUAAUGGAAUGGAACGACAUGAUUCUGAAAUGACGGGUCAAGUAGUGUUCUCUGGAAACAACAACGUAAAACGGGCGGUAGAAUACUUUGAAGACGAUGGUCGAGAAGAUGCUCUAACAUCAACAUCUUCUGGAAACAGUACACAAAAAGAGUCAUCUCCGUUUACUGAUUUCGAUGAUAGUCCUCCAGCUCCUUCUCGAGUGAAUGGGGUAGGAGAAGUAAGACCAUAUUCGCCCAACCAUUUCCUAGAUUCUACACUCGGAGGCAUCGGAUCUCCUAUAUCACAAAGUACCAGGUUUGAUGAAACGUACAUUGAAGAAUAUUCAAUCGAAUUGGACACUUCGGGAAAAAACAGCACACAGCCUGGUCCAAAAUCUCCGUUCGAUGAUAACUUUGCUGAUACUCCUGAUCCAGUUGUCACACCAGCCAUCAAAGUACAAGAAGAAACCCGACCAGACGUGAAUCCGUUCGAUGAAGAGGAAGAAGAAGAAGACCCACGAUUUGGAGGAGGAACACUCUCGGGGAGAGAUCCGUUUGAUGAAGAUUCUGGAAACUCAAACAAAGUAGAUGUUCGAGAAAAACGAUUCCACAAAAAGGAGCAGUUGGUCCAUAGACUAUCCUCAUCAUCAGAAGAAAUCGUUGAAGCGUCUAUCCACGAAGACGAACCAAUUGUGAUGGCUCAGAUUCCAGAAGAAGAGAAACCAAAGCCGAAGCCAAUUCCAGCAUUCGAUAAUGCAUACGAUGCAGACUUUGAUAACUCUCCGCCUCUUCAUCACUAUUCUGCAGUUCCCAUGGAAACCGGUUUGUCGCCAUUGGAAGAAGCUCAAAGAGCACUGCGAGCGAAUCGAGCCAGGCAUAAGCCAUCAAAUGUUUCGAUGGCUGAAGAUGCUAAAGUAGCAACUAGACAACGAUACUCGAAUGCAUCAGAUUUUGGUGAAACGAAGAAGAUGAGAAAAGAAGAAGAAGGAGUUGAUGAAACUGAUGAAGCUACUGUACCUGCUCCUGUUAUUCCUGUUAUUCCAAUCUUGCGAAGAGAACAAUCCGCAGAUGAGGAACCGAAAUCUGUUCGACCUCCAAGGUAUCGGAAAUCGAGAGAAAUCGAAGAGCCGGUGGUUGUGGAGAAGCCAGCAAGAUUCCAAGAAGUAGAAGAGGAAACGGAAGAGAAAGAAGAUAUUGAUGCUAUUUUCGAGACAUAUAGAAAGGAAUCUGGACCGAUUGAAGCGAAAUCACCAACUCCAAUUCUCACUGCGGACGAGUACAAAGAACCAGCGAAGCAAGCUAUUUUAAUUCGAUUUCGAGUACACACCCCUAUGCCCAGUGACACCCUCAAACUAGCUCAUCAUCUUCUUGCGUUGCCUGCUCCCGUCGUUGUCGCUCAUGAAUCUCCGAUUUUGAAGCGAAGAAACUCGUUACUUCCGUCACGUAUCAGUGGAAGACAGUCGACCAGAAGGAGUGUAACGAGUGUGAGAAGUAUGCGAGGAAAACGGAAGACUCGUGCUAUUCCGGAAUUCUUCGAUUUGACACGUCACCAGAAUAUUAGGCUUCGAGCACCAAUGUCUAAGAAGAAGCGCCUCAGCCUUCAUAGAGUCGAGGACACUGAAGUGGUCGUGGAGCUCUUGAACGGACAGAAAGUAGAAGUGGCGUGUCGAUCUGACGUCAUCUCUCGGGAUGUAUUCUCGCUGAUUGUGCAGAAUAUGAACAUCAAUGAGCACGUCUUCUUCGGACUCUCUUUCCUCAGAGACGGAGAACACUAUUUCAUCGAAGAUCAUCAGCGACUUGAGAAGUUUGCUCCUUCUGGAUGGAAAAGUGUGGCUCGAGUUGGUGUGAAAGUUCCAUAUGUCUUGCAUCUUCGUUUCAAAUUUUAUCCUCAAAUCCUAGACUUUAUAAAAACUGACGUGACGAUGAACGAACUGUAUCUACAAUGUAGAAGAGAUGUACUCGAAGAGAGAAUUCAACCGAAACGAGACGCAGCAUUUGAAUUAGCAGCUCUUGCUCUUCAAGCUGAAUUUGGAAAUCGCCCUCCACCUGUGAUCACUGACUAUUUCGACAUUCAACAUUAUCUUCCCAAAAAGUACUCCUCGUUUGAAGAUCAGACAAGACUUAAGAACAUUCUUGCCGAGUUACACGGACACUAUGCAGGAACACGGAUCUCUGAAGCUAAGCACAAAUACAUUCAAAUCUGUCAACGACAUGCCGACUUUGGUGCACAUAUUCAUCGCGUAUUCCGAACAAAACCCACAUCGUCACAUGGUGCUUCUCCAUUUGACCCAGACACUGGAUCCACCCUCUGGAUUGGAAUUAUGCCACGUGGAAUCUCGAUCUAUGAGCAACAGGGUGGAGCUCGUGAGGUGAUCGCUGAGCACAUUUGGCCUCAAACACAGACUCUUCAAUUCGAUAAGAAACGAUUUGUGAUCGUGGCAGUUGGAUCUCAUGAUCAACAAAUUGAGAGUACUUUCUAUACGGACCACCACUCGAAAUCCUCCUACUUUGUGCGAUUUGCUGCUUCUCAACAUCGUUGGAUGAUGAAAAUGCGUCAAUGGAAGAGCACUCUCCGGCAUGAGAACACCAUCUCUUCGAUGCCAGAUGUGAUUGUUGAAGGACAAGUGGUUCCUCCUGCACCCAUCCGUCAAUCUCUACAAGAGUCGCCACCUGCAACACCUCUUUUGGAUUCUGCUGAUAAACUUUUCACGAAGAUUUCAACUAUCGAAAAGCCUGUUGCUCGUCCUGCUGAGAUGCCACCUCCGGCUCCAACGAACCUUGCAGCUCAAUAUGACACUGUUGAUGAAGGAAUUGUGUGUGACUCUCAAGCGGAAAACUUCGAACGUGUGAGUCCAAACACCAACGGCAACGUCACCCCAAGAGCCAUGCAGUUCGAUGUUCUGCUCACCAAAGAUCCAGCAAAUGGACUAGGGCUGACUCUAGUCGAUGGAAAUCUAAAUGGAGUACCAGGAGUCUAUGUGAAACUUGUAGCUGAUAAUGGUGCUGGAAUGAAAGCAGGAGUCUGCGUCGGCGACCGGAUUGUCCAGGUGGGAACGGAAUCCAUGGAAGGACAAGACCGGCUGUAUGCGGUUGAAUUGGUUAAGCAAUGCGGAAAUCUAGUUCCAAUGACCAUUGCUCGUCUGGAUGGUCUUAUCCGGCAUCAGAAAGAUGUAUCUGCAGAAAUGCUCGCUUCUGCUGCUCGCAAGAAGUCCUUCACUUCAUCAUCUGGCGACUUAUUGAAUGCUCCAAAAAAUGGAAGUGGACAGUCGAGAACACCACCAGCGCCACGAAGAGCUGCUAACCGACGACAGAGAGCAGUCAGUGACUUUGGGGCAAUUGGAGAUGCUCUACCAACUCUUGAUGGUGAUAAUCUUAUCAACAUCAAAGCUAUUUCUGGUUUACAUCUGGACGAAUCAGAUGAAGAGAAGGGAGAGUAUCGGCUACCAACUACUUCCAUGUAUGCCUUCGAUCGGGACGACGACUUGCAACAAUCGAUUAAGGAAACGAAGAAGCCAAUUCCUGAGCCAAAAACUGGAGAACUACGCAAGUACCGCUAUGCCAGACGCUCGAAUCUGGAAAUCGCUGAAGAAAUCGAAGAAGAACCUGCUGACUCAUCCGAUGACGAUGGACAAAUUGACGAUUCAAAACGGGUCAUUGAUGUGAGAAACAUUGUCGAAUUGGAACGAAAUGAGAAUGGUUCUCUUGGUGUUCAGAUUGCUUCACUCGGUGGACGUGUUUGCAUCAAACAACUCACGUCUGAACCAGCUAUCUCCCAUCCAGACAUUCGCGUCGGAGAUGUACUUCUCUAUGUCAACGGAAUCGCAGUCGAAGGAAAAGUGCACCAAGAAGUGGUUGCAAUGCUGAGAGGAGGUGGUGAUCGAGUUGUUCUUGGAGUUCAAAGACCACCACCAGCUUACUCGGAUAGUGUCCACUCAUCUUCGGCGGCUUCUGCUCCACUGAUAUCUGUGAUGCUCCAGAAAAAGCCAAUGGGUACUCUUGGUCUCUCGUUAGCUAAGCGAACGAUGAGCGACGGAAUUUUCAUCAGAAACAUUGCUCAAGACUCUGCAGCUGCCUACGAAGGAAACCUUCGUGUUGGUGAUCGUCUUGUCUCACUCGACGGCGAACCAGUCGAUGGAUUCACUCCGGCGACUAUUCUGGAAAAACUGAAACUGGUACAAGGACCGGUUCAAAUUACAGUAACAAGAGACUCCGCUUCCGAUCGUUAA